ACAUUUCCACUAGGCUGAGAAGGAGAAGGCAGAGGUGGAGGGGUGUGUGUGUGUGUGUGCGCGCUGGGUGGGAGUGGGAUAGGGGGGCUUAGAGAAACAAAAGGAAACCAGCUGCAGAACUUCCUGGACAGGGAAAGAAAGAGUGAGACAGAAAGAGGGAGAGAGAGAGGGAGAGAACGAGCCAGCCGCGCAAAACAGCCAACAAUAUUAUCUUAGAAAAGCAGGGGCGAGAAAGGGAGAGGGGAAAGGGAGGUUUGGCAGCAGCGGGGAUUCCGAGCCUGCCCCGGGUCCCUUCCAACCCACCAUGACCAGCGCGAUCUUGAGACGGAAUUCGAGCAAGCAGGGUCUGCAGAAUCUCAUAAGGCUGACAGCACAGUGGAGUGUGGAAGAUGAGGAGGAGGCAGCUAGAGAGAGGCGCCGGAGGGAACGCGAGAGGCAACUGAGAUCCCAGGCAGAAGAAGGCACUGGCACAUCUUUGGGAAAUGGAGAGACAGUACAAGAAAGUCAGUUUGAUGGCAAGCCUUCUGGGACUUCCGAAUUAGAAGAGGAUGAAGGCUUCAGCGACUGGUCACAGAAACUCGAGCAGCGCAAGCAGAGAUGGGCCGCAGAAGGAGCGCAAGAAGGAGAACAAAUAUGCCAGUGGAGAGAAGCCCAGCAGGCAGUCCCUGCUGAGUGGGAAGAAAGGUCUCCGAGGCACUCCUACCCAGAAGAAAAGAGUGACUUAAGGGAAGCAGAAGACAAGCUAGAGCAGAUCCAUCUGGAUCAGGAGCCAGCUUCUCCGACGGUCCUCCGGUUUGGAUGCGGGCCUUCAAGCUUUCUGAAAUUCGUCCCUGCUUCUCCUUCAUUCGAUCAGAGUGAAACAGAAGCAGAACUGGAGGGGCAGCAAAAGCUCACCGAAGUGGUGGAUAUUAGAGAGGAGAGCCAGGGUAUGACACAAGAGAAUGAACAUGAAGAAGAGGAGGAAGAAAAGCAGGAGGAGAAGAAGAGAAGGAGGGAUGAAGAGGAAAAGGCACCUGGGAAGCGCCAGAGAGCUCCAAGCGUUUCCAGCCUGGAGGAAGAGGGUCAGCCUCCUUUGAGUCCUACCAUGAAGAUCACUGAGAGAACCGAAUCACUGAAUUUUUUGAACCGCUCCAUCGAGAGGAGUAAUAGUGUGAAGAAGACACAGUCGCCUCUCCCAGUUUCCAAGAUUGAUGACAAGCUUGAGCAGUACACUCAUGCCAUUGAGACUUCUAGCAAGACCCCCAAGCCAGCCCGUCAGCUUUCCAUUGACCUGCCUGCCAACAGUGCCGUAGUGGCCAGCACAAAGUGUCUUUGGGAGACCGGUGAGGUUGCCGUUCAGUCCCCUGUGAGGACAACACCCUGUAAGGACAUUGUGGCUGGAGACAUUGUGAGUAUGAGAAGCCUUUGGGAGCAGAAGGAGACCACAAAUGCAGAUGGAAGUGCUAAGGUAAAACUUCCAGGCAAGAAGUACAAGUAUGUGGCAACUGGACAUGGCCAAUACAAGAAGGUGCUGGUAGAUGACGAGGACACAGAAAAAUAGCCUGCUUGGGCCGCAAAUGUGUGGCUCGGCUUGGUCCUGGUUUGGAAAUUUGUGGCAAUACUGAAUCUUACUCUCCUGAUGAGGAAUUCAACAAAAGGAUGUCUUCCUUCCUAUCUCAAAUAUGCAACCUGCUACAGAAACCAGCUGCUGAUUUCUUUACAGAUAGGAGCAUCCCUCCAAACUGAUUUCUUUUGGACUUUUGGCAGCGUCAACGCAAUCAACAAAAAAACCCCUCUCUAAAUUGUUUUGACUUCUGUUUUUGGAAAACUAUUUGUUGUAUGCUCUUCUAUCCCAUUCUCGUUUUCUUAGCUUGGUAAAGUGAAAGGCCUGCCUAUUUUUUCAUAGCCAAGUGUGCAGGAUUAUUUUAGUAAUCCAAGAGGGACAUUUACAUAUUUGUUACUAAUUUGUUAACGUGGGAGCAAGAAAAUAAAACAAAUGCUGAUAUGUUAGUUUGACCACUAGGGAUUCAUUGUAAGAAUCUUUCUACCAUUCAAAACCCACUAGAAUUUGAUGUUUUGAGGGCGGGAAGAAUCUUUCUUUCCAGUCAAUGUCCUGGAACUUUUACAAUAUGUACCAGUGUAUUUCAUGAUUAUAAAUUCAUAAAGGUCUCAUCAGAUUCAUGUAUGUAAAUCCACCCACAGUCUUCUCCCUUGGGCGGCUUUUGGCAUUACUUUACACGUGGUAGAGAAAAAGACAAGUCAAGUUAAAGUUGGUAUCUCCCUCACGGUAUGCUUAUUACACCCUUGUCCUUGUGAUACAUCUCUUACCCAUUCUCUCAGAUUAACUGUUUCUGCACGUUUAACUAUUUCAGGAUAUCUCUCCCCCCCCCCAAGUGCCUGUGUGAAUCACAAUGUGGUGCUAACUACAGCUGGUUCAUGUGAACAAGUCUUGAAGUUCCCUCCUCCUACUCAAGCAAAUAGUUCACUCUCUGAGGCAUAACCUUUAAGCAGUUUCGUUGGAACACUGAAAUUUCCUUUGGCAAUAUUCGUCAGCCUUGACAGUGUUGGUCCCAUGCCUUACAGAAUAAAUACAUUCCAUAUUCCUGCCAAUUAAAACUAUUACUUGCUUGUCCUUCUUUCUCUAUACAAAAGAAAGGGGGGGGUUGUCGCCCUUUUCAGCUUUGAAUCUCCUAAUCAUGGAAAUCUGCUUCUCAAGAGUCUACAGGGUUUCCCUGCCAUUUUCUUUCACUUGUCAGCUUUUUGUGUG